GCAACGCUCAGUCGUGACGCUUGUGGUGCCUGGGUGUAACACAUGGAAAACGAACAGAUUCAUCUGAAUGUUGUUUUCGGUGGACAGACGUCAAAGCUUAAUGUGCCUGUGGGAGCUAAGGUGAUGGACUUGAUGUCAACCAUACAGGGGACAUUUCAUGUUCCCACGUGCAAACAGCGCCUAAUCUUCAAAGGUUACCUCAGCUUUGGCCGUUGUUAGAGACAAAAAUCCUUCAUAGGUAAGUCACUGAUGGAACCGGAACAAACCCUUGAGGCUUGUGGCAUUAAGAGCGGAUCGAAGAUCAUGGUACUCGGAUCGGCAAGUUCAUGUUUGUCUGUUUGAUCUUUCUCCCAACGUAGGUCGAUGUGCUUGACCCUGAGGAAGCACACAAAUUGCAAGUGGCCAAAUUACAAUCUCGUGAUCUUGCUGCCGAGUUAGAGCAAUUGAGUGAGCAGAUCAAUUCUAAUCCUACUAACUCCAAGUCCGAACUGACUUCAUCACUAAAGCAAACAGUUUCCCUCCUGGAGCGCUGUAUGCAAUGUCUGGAGCUGGUUGACUCUGUGCGCCUCCCCUACGAUUGUGAAUCGGAACGUGCUGAUAGAAAAGAACUUGUGGAUUUUCUUCAACACCCUUUCGGUGCCUAA